CACGCGCACGCGGUGAAAAGGCAACUUGUCUGCUGCGGGCUCUUCGCCACAGGGAGAAGGACAAGGUCGCGCUCGCUCCGGCCUCUGACGCAGGGAAAAGCAAGCAAACAGCGUAGCUGGGAUCGGCUGGUCGCGCGACAUCCCGCCCCGCCCAGGACCCGCCCGCGGCCGCUCGGCCCGGUUCGGGAGCGCAGCGCGGCUCCCGGAUUCGCCCUCGCGGCCCGGGCUGCGCCGCCGGGAGCCUCAGGCGGCGGAGCGCAGCCGACAGCGCCACCGGCCCCGGGACCAGCCGCCCCGCCUGGACCCCCGGGGCCCCCGCAUGGACGCGCGGGAGCCCGAAGCCCCCAGCGGGCGCGCGCUGCGGGAUGCGGCAGAAAAUCUAUUUCAGGAACUUCAAGAACAUUUUCAAGCUCUGACUGCAACCCUAAACCUCAGAAUGGAAGAAAUGGGAGGUCGCAUUGAGGACUUGCAGAAGAAUGUGAACGACUUGAUGGUGCAAGCUGGGAUUGAAAGUUCUGCUCAAGAACAAACGAAAUGCACCUCACCACAAUCAACUCUGGAAUAUUUUCAUCAUCUCAAGAAGAAACCCUCGACCCAUCAGCUAUCACUGCCCAAUUUCCCCGUCUCCCGUCUUAAGCAACCACGCAUCUACUUUCUGUCUCUGUGGAUCUGUCUGUUCUGGGCAUUUCCUGUAAGUGAGAUCACACACCCCACAGCAGCCAGCUUCUUCCACUUAGGCUAAUGCUGUCAAGUGUGGCGCCUACGUCAGUACUGCAUUCCUUCUCACGACCAAGUGAUAUUCCAUCGCAGGGGUGUGCCCCGUUGUCCUCACCCCCUGGCGGUUGAUGGACAUUUACACUGUUUGCCCUCUUUGGCUCUCAUGAAUAAGGCUGCCAUAAAUGCUCGUGUCCAACUUUUUGUGUGGACCUACACGUUCGAUUCUCUGAGGUAUACACCUAGGAGUGACACCGAUGGGUCAAAUGGUAAUUCUACUUUUUGAGGAACUGCCAAAUUGUUUUCCGAAGUGACUAUACUACUUUCCCUUCCCACCAGCAGUGUGUGAGGGUCCCACUUCUCCACAUCCUUGUCAACACUUGUAAUAACUGACCUUUGAAUCUAUUCACACCCAUUCCAGUGGGUGUGAGGCGUCAUCUGGUUUUGAUUUGCAAUCCCUUGGUGACUAAUGACAGAGAACAUCUUUUCAGGUGAUUUCUGGCCACAUCUUUUGUUUUGUCUUGUCAGAAGUAUGUUAUUGGGCUUCUCUGGUGGUGCAGUGGUUAAGAAUCUGCCUGCCAAUGCAGGGGACACGGGUUCAAGCCCUGAUCCGGGAAGAUCCCACAUGCUGCGCAGUAACUAAGGCUGUGCACCACAACUACUGAGCCUGUGCUCUAGAGCCCACAAGACACAACUACUGAAGCCCACGUGCCACAAAUACUGAAGCCCACACACCUAGAGCCCGUGCUCCACAAGAGAAACCACCGCAAUGAGAAGCCUGUGCACCACAACAAAGAGUAGCCCCCGCUCACCACAACUACAAAAGUCCGUGCACAGCAACGAAGACCCACAGCCAAUAAAUAAAUAAAUGAAUGAAUAAACAAAUACAUUUAUUUUUUUAAAAGGUACAUUAUUGAAUGUCUUUUAUAUGCCGGGUACUUGGGGUCAUACUGAUUUUCUUUGGUAUUAUACUAUUUUGUAAAUGGGAAAAUUAAAGCUGGAGAUAUUAAACUACAGAUUUGCAUUUGAAUUUUAUAUCCAUUUAAAAGUACACUCCUUUGUGUGAGUGUGGGGACUUUUUUUUUGUCUUUGAUUUCAUUCUUUGGUACGUACUCCUCAUGUUUCAACAACACGUCACUCUGAUGAGGCAGUAAGUGUUUUCACAGCACGGAGGGCCUACCAGGCACUGUUCUAACGGAUCCCCAUGGAGCACGUGUCAGACAGCAGACACCAUCAUCCCCUUCCCACAGGACAAAACGGAGCUCGGGAGCCACUCGCCCAAGGUCCUCAGUAAUGACAGAGCCUGGCUGUGAACACAGGCGGGGGCUCCAGGGUGUGCCCCACACAUGGACCCGUGCUGCCUCCAC